UGGUUUAUCGGGGACUGGUCGGACUGUGGGAAGACAUGUGAUGGCGGGAUGCGGACUCGGACGGUUCUGUGUAUCAGGAAGAUGGGGCCUGCUGAGGAGGAGACCCUGGAGGACAGCCACUGUCUGACGCACCGACCUAUAGAACGAGAGGCCUGCAAUAACCAGUCCUGUCCCCCUCGGUGGGUCACUCUGGAUUGGUCAGAGGUAGGAGAAGGACCGCCCCUUUUUACAUCCCAGCGGGAAAAACUGGUCAUUUUAAUCAGUUUUGUCCACUGGGAUUGCUUUGCGUGACAGCAGUAGUUGUAAUAGAGAACUAGAAUAUUUACUGUAGAAAACAUUCAAAGUUUAAUAGUUUUAUUGAGCUUUUCUGUUCUUCCUUCUGCCCCAAGUGUACGCCCAAAUGUGGCCCUGGGUUCAAGCACCGCAUCGUGCUGUGUAAGAGCAACGACCUGACCAAGACUUUCCCCCCAGCCCACUGUCCCCCCCACAAUAAGCCCCCCGUCAGGAUCCGCUGCAGUCUGGGACGCUGUCCGCCACCUAGAUGGAUCCCAGGGGAAUGGGGACAGGUAAGAUUGGUUCCCCCUUCAGAAAUCAUUGCUUCCUUUCACUUUUCCAUUCACUUUUCAUUGCUUCAAUAUGUCUUGACAUGGGAAUGUCAAAACACAACAUGUUUGUACCAAAGGCAGGUAAACUAA